AUGGUUAAAAUGGACGGAUGGUGGCGAUUCAUAGUUGUGGUGUGUGUUGUGGUGUGCAGCUGGUGGAAAGGUGUAGCAGGACAAGCUCAGGCUCCGGCGAUAUGGGUGAUGGGAGAUUCAUUAGUGGAUAAUGGGAAUAACAACUUCCUUAGGUCCAUUGCUAGAGCUGAUUUUUAUCCUUACGGUAUUGAUUACUAUCGUGGUCCUUCGGGUAGAUUUACUAAUGCAAGAACUUUCAGCGAUAUUCUUGGAGAUUGGCUGGGAAUAGCCGCCCCGCCUCCAUUUUCUGAUCCCAGGACGGCCGGAAAUAGGAUCCUUGGGGGUGUCAACUAUGCUUCUGCUGCUGGUGGUAUCCUUGAUGAAAGUGGCCAACACUAUGGAGAUCGCUACACACUGAGCCAGCAAGUUGUGAAUUUUGAGACUACGUUAAGCCAAUUAAGGACCAUGUUGAGCCCUGGGAACCUAACUGAACUCCUCUCGAAUUCCAUAGUAGUUAUGGUUUUUGGGAGUAAUGACUACAUUAACAACUACCUCAUGCCAAACCUGUAUGCAACGAGCCGCAGUUACACUAUUGAAGCAUUUGCCAACCUUCUUCUAACCCGUUAUGCCCGUCAACUCCAAGCACUAUACAGUGUAGGGCUUCGGAAAUUCUUUUUACCAGGAAUCGGGCCACUUGGGUGCAUUCCUAACCAGUUAGCCACUGGUCAAGCCCCUGCAGGGAGAUGCGUGGACUCGGUGAACCAAAUGCUAGGCCCCUUUAACGAAGGUCUCAGGAGACUUGUUGGUCAGUUUAAUGAUGGCUCGCACCCUGGGGCCAUAUUUGUCUAUGGAAAUACUUAUGGUGUUUUUGGUGACAUCUUGAAUACCCCUGCAAGAUAUGGAUUUACAGUAAGAGAUAGAGCAUGUUGUGGGAUAGGAAGGAACCAGGGGCAAAUAACGUGCCUCCCGCUAGCAACACCAUGUUUCAACCGCGAUCAAUAUGUGUUUUGGGAUGCUUUCCACCCAACUCAAGCUGCGAAUGCUGUUCUUGCUCAGAGGGCGUACUCUGGAUCCACUACCGACAACUAUCCAAUGAACGUUCAACAAUUGGCACAAUUGAGGUUAUAA